AUGAAGAGCCGUUUAAUGGGUACAGGCGAAGAAAAGAGUGGUUCUAAGCCCUGUGUGCGAACGCCGGCGUCCGUGGCGGUAAGCCCCCGGUGGUGUAGUGUCGAGUGUAAGGGUGAUGGAAGCGCCAAGGAGGGCUCCUGGCCGCGAGGGGCCGGCGUUGCUGCGCGUAGCGAGCGAUGGGCGCGCGUGUGCCUCGAGGUCGGUUUGCCGGCGGAGUGGGCCGCGCUGUCAGAGCCGGCGAGGGUGCGCGCGCCUGCACCACCGCGCAUGCGUGCUCGUCCGCCGCAAGCGAUUAAACUAAAUACACCAACACGCAGCGCCACUACAUGUGCUAUACUGGCGCGCUGCCGCCUUACCUACAUAUCGAGUGCGCUUUCAUUUGAGACCCCAUCGAGUAUAUUUGCAGACCUUCGGUUACCCUUCGCCACUUACCCCCCAUAUCUUCUAAACGGCUCAACCGAUUUUCGUCAAACAUGUCUAAGAACACUUGUACAGCAACUGAAGACCUUGAAAAUGUCCAGAUUCCGCUUUGGACGCCAACAUGAUGGGUAUCGUCUAGUAUCUAAUGACGACAGCGGCUUCUCCGACGCACAAUUUGAGGUUCCACCGCCCAAAAUACCAUGGAAAGCAAUAUCUUUAGCGGCAUUCCUGUUUGUUGUGGGUACAGCACUACUUAUUGCAGGGAGUUUAAUUGUAACCGGGCACAUAGACACUAAGUACUCUGACCGACUGUGGCCUAUGAUAGUUUUAGGCUGUAUAAUGUUCCUGCCAGGGGCAUACCACAUAAGAAUAGCAUAUUAUGCAUAUAAGGAGUAUCCUGGUUAUAGUUUCUCUGACAUUCCAGAGUUUGAAUAG